AAUAGGUAGAAAUGUCAAUCAAUUCGAAACUAACCUCAAAAAAUAAACGUGCGUGUCAACAACAGUAUCGCAGAUCAUCGCAGCACAAAUUUAACACGAAAAUUAAGAAUAUCAGGUCCACACUUCAAGUUGUUUUAAAUUGCAUGAAGUUAGUUAGUCGUCGCCAGAAUGGGUAAAAAGACCAAAGUUGGAAAAGAUCGGAAAGAUAAGUUCUACAAGCUAGCUAAAGAAACAGGUUUUCGUUCCCGUGCCGCCUUCAAAUUAAUUCAACUCAACCGGAAAUUCAGUUUCCUGCAACAAUCCCAAGUAUGCAUCGAUCUCUGUGCAGCGCCAGGCGGGUGGAUGCAAGUGGCAAAACAGAAUAUGCCGGUGUCGAGUAUAGUUGUCGGCGUCGAUCUGUAUCCCAUACGUCCCAUACCCGGCUGUAUUAGUUUAACCGAAGACAUUACCACAGAGAAGUGCAAGCAGGCCAUUUCGAAGGAAUUGCAAACAUGGAAGGCUGAUGUCGUUCUUCACGAUGGUGCGCCAAAUGUUGGUAAAAAUUGGUUGUAUGACGCUCAUCAGCAGAUUUGUUUGACUUUGAAUGCGCUCAAAUUGGCAACGAAUUUUCUGCGCGGCGGAGGAUGGUUCAUCACGAAGGUGUUCCGUUCGAAAGAUUACAAUGCCUUAAUGUGGGUGCUCAAGCAACUGUUCAAGAAAGUGCAUGCAACUAAACCAUCAGCUUCCCGUAAAGAAUCUGCCGAAAUAUUCGUUGUAUGUCAAUACUACAUAGCGCCGGAGAAAAUCGAUCCGAAAUUCCUGGACCCGAAGUAUGUGUUCGAAGAACUCGAUUUGGAAGCAACACAACAGGGCAGUCUGCUGCAUCCGGAAAAGAAACGGAUCAAGGCCGAGGGCUAUUCAGAAAACGAUUUUUCAUUAAGACAUGAACUGGCGGUCUCAGCGUUCAUCGCACACACCAGCGGACUCAAUGCGCUUCAGGGUAUCGGUCAAAUUAUCUUUGACGAUGAAACAAUAUUGAAUCACGUCCGUACGACACCGGAAAUUCAGGAAUGUUGCAAGGACAUCAAAGUGCUCGGUCGCAAAGACAUGAGACUGCUGUUGAAUUGGUGGAAGCACUUGCGUGCCGAGAAAUAUCCUGCGAAAGAGAAACUGACCAUUGAGAAAGUUGAACCAGAGAAACCGGAAAUGACCAAGGAAGAGAUGGAAGAAAUGGAAUACGAACAGUUGGAGAAACACAUUGCCGAUAUGGAAAUGGAAGAUGCUAAGGAUGUGAAACGUAAACGAAAGAAAAUUCAGAAGGCCAGACAAAAGCUGAACGAAAAGUUGAAUUUGAAAAUGAUCAUCAAAGGUGAUGCGGGACCGCAAGAGGAGGACAACGAGGUCUUCAGCUUAACGCAAAUUCAUAGCAUGGCCGAAUUGGAUGAAUUACAAGAUCAGGAGCCCGAUAUGAUAUUGGAAGAACAACAGUCCGACGAUGAAUUCAAACCGAAGUACAAAAAGUACGAGAAAGGAGACUUCCAUUUAGACGAUGACGGUAAAUAUGCUGGCGAUUCGAAUUCGGAUAGCGAUCGGGACAGUGGUAACGAUUCGGAUGACAGUGAUAACCUGGGUGUGAUUGGCUUGGGAUUGGGAAAAGAGGACGACAAGCGUGACAGUAGGAAGAAAUCGAAGGUCAAAAAAGUCGAAAAGAAGGCCGAAAAUCCUCUCUUAACCGAUUUGGAUACCAGAGACAAGGACAGCAAGCGAAAUCAACGAGUUCAGCUGUGGUUCACCAAGGAUAAUCUGAAAAAUGUGGAAGGUGAAGCCGAUGAGGAUUUUGAUUUGGAUAAAUUGACCAAUCAGUACAAAGGCAGAGGUGUUCGUGUACUGGGUGAAGAAGAGGAACCGAAAAUGCCUUUGGGUAAAAAAGCCAAGCGACGCGCUAGACACGGUCCAAAAGAGGAUAAAGAGGACAGUGACAGCGAUUCCGAUUCCGAUUAUGAUACAACCGAACACGAAACUGUUGAAAAAAUUGGCGGUCAAAAUGGCUACGAUGUCGUGUCGUCCGAACAGAAACCGAAAAAAAUCAAAUUAAACGAAGAAGAGCUGGCUCUGGGUGCACUAAUGGUACAAAGUCAAAAGACAAAGCGAGACCUUGUCGAUUCGGCAUGGAAUCGAUACACGUUCAACGAUGACAAUUUACCGGAAUGGUUUAAACAAGACGAAAUGGUGCAUAUGCGGAAGGAGGCACCUGUCACGAAGGAGCUGGUCGAAGAGUAUCGCAAGAAGAUGGAAGAGCUGAAUGUUAGACCGAUUAAAAAAGUAAUGGAAGCAAAGGCUCGCAAGAAGCGUCGUGCAAUGAAACGUUUCGAAAAGGCUAAGAAGAAGGCCGAAGCAGUUUUGGAAAGUGCCGAUUCCAGUGCUCAGGAAAAGAUGAGACAGAUCAAGAAAUUGUACAAAAAGGCGCAGGACGACAAAAAGAAUGAAGUUACGUACGUGGUAACACGCAGACAUUUGGCCAGCAAACGUGUUCGUCGACCAGCUGGUGUUAAAGGUCGAUUCAAAGUGGUUGAUCCCCGAAUGAAGAAAGAGAAACGGGCUGCAGCUGCAAAGGAGAAAACGAAAGGUCGAAGGAAGCGGUGAAGUGAAUAUUUCGUUUCGAUUUGACGGUUACCGAUGCUGUACGUUUAUAUACAACCAAUAUUUUCUCUAAAUAAAACAAUUUCAUUGUUAA